AUGUCUGACGGUCAUUAUGAGUCUCAGAAUGAGGACAAGAAGCUUGCAGUGUCCAAUAUGAGCGUCGCAAACUCCAAUGUUGUCGUCGUUGGUGGCGGUAUCGUCGGUGCCUCCAUCGCUUGGCAUCUCUCCUCCGAGACAAACGUGACCGUCAUCGCGGAAGAUAUCGGAGGAGUAGCUACCCCCAACUCCUUCGCUUGGCUUAACGCUGCUUCAUCAGAUAAGAAGUUCUACUACGACUUUAGGCUCAGGUCUCUUGAGCAUUGGAGAGAAAUUGAGAAGACUGUUGACAACUUGCCGAUUCGCUGGGGAGGUACAACGAGCUGGGAUAAAUCUCCUGAAGAACUUGAGGAGGAGCAAAAGAACCUUACUGCCUGGGGAUAUGAUGUUAUUCGAGUUGACAAGACGGAGUUAUCGAAGCGGGAACCUCAUAUUGAAGAGGCGAAGCUGCCGGAAUGGGGUCUUGGCUACGAUCAGGAGGGAGCUUUGGAAGCUGAGAAGGCGGCUGAGUUACUGAUCAACCUCGCAAAAGACAACGGCGCAAAAGUCCUCGAGACCAAAGUCACAGGCUUCACCAAAACCGAUGGCCAUAUUAGCGGUGUAACUCUCUCAUCCGGCGAAACCAUCCCUGCAGACCAUGUCGUCGUAGCCGCAGGGUUAGGAAGCGUCCCCCUCCUGGCAUCACAAAAUAUCCCCCUCCCCCUCAAAAGCACAGCCGGUCUCCUCGUCAACACAAAGCCCACCCCUAAGAAGCUAAUCAACGGGGUAAUAAACGCUCCCGAACUACACAUCCGCCAAACCCUCGAAGGCGCACUGCUUUUCGGUUCAAGCUACGCUGGAGGUGACCUAGGCGACGAUCCAGAAAAGACCGCACGUGAACUUUUCGCCAAACUUCAAAGCUCAGUUGUCGGCGGAGACGAGCUUGAGUUCAGUCACUACACUAUCGGACAUCGAGUUUUGCCGGACGAUGGACUGCCGAUUCUUGGAGAGACGGGAGUAGAUGGACUUAGUGUUGCUGUGAUGCAUUCUGGCGUUACGAAUGGAGCCAUUGUGGGCAAGUUGUUGAGCAGGCAGAUCCUCAUCGGGGAGACGGAUCCUAUACUGGAAAAUUUCCGACUAGAUCGUUUUGCAUGA